AGAACGCGUCGCGCAGCAUCAGUCCUCGAGACGUGCCGCGCAGGAGGAGGAAAAAGACGGCUCAUCCCGGAUUGGUGGAGUAUGCGCGGGUCAUCCCUUUGGCUCGGGAACUGACGACCCCGUCAUGCACUCAGCCGGGGACAAGUAACUCACCAGCAUGAGUCACCACGGGGGUGAUUCAGUGGCUCGGUGGGGCAAAGUUCGCUAAGCUCGCCCACCAGGGUGUCGCCCGCCUGGGACUAACUAACUAAGAGAGGCUGGAUCCCGAGAGGUUGGAUCCCAAGAGCCUGUCCAGGAUGACCAGGGAGGGUGUCCCUGCUGCGUGACGCUCCGGGCUCCGGCCCCCGUCAUGCGUGUCCCCCGCCAGCCCGGCGCCCACUCCCUGCGGCUCCUGUCCCUCUUGGUUUUCGUGAUGGGGGCGGCCCCCUCACCGGCUCUGACAGCCGGCUGCCCUGACAGGUGUGUGUGCGACGACCAGCUGGUGGUCCAGUGCGCCGGGCGGGAGCUGACCCGGUUCCCCGCCGAUCUUCCCCUGGCCACUCGGCAGCUCAUCAUUUCCAACAACCGAAUAGGGGACCUCCCGGCAUUGCAGCUCAACUACCUGUCCGACCUGGUCUACCUGGACUGCAGUAACAACUCCCUCACGGAGAUCUCCGAGUCCACCUUCGGGAACCUGCGUAAGCUGGCCUAUCUGGACCUGUCCUUCAACGCCCUGCUGCAGAUCGAUGAGCGGACUUUCGGGCCUCUGGCGUCCCUGGUCAUGCUGCGGCUGACGGACAACCCGGGUCUCGGGGAGAUCCACUCCGAUGCCUUCGCCGAGAAUCUGGCUCUACAGGUCCUGGACGUGAGCCGGAACAACCUGACAGCCCUUAACAUCAGCGGUCUGAUCGGCCUGCCGGCCCUCAGGUCUCUGGGACUCAGCGGGAACCCGUGGAGGUGCGACUGCGACACAGAAGACCUCUGCCUUUGGGUCCAGAUCGAGAGCUUCAAGUUCCAAGACGAGGGCCAGACGGUGUGCCACAACCCGGCCGAGCUCGCGGGCCGGCAUCUGGCCGAGGUGGGAAUGCAGCUGCGGGCGGACUGCCACCAGGGCCUGGGCUACUGGGACUACCUCUUCUUCGUGGCUAUCGGCUUCGUCAUCUUCUCGGCUGGCACCGUGUCGGCGUGGGUGAUGGGCGUGCUCAUGGUGCUGCACGAGCGCUACAGCAAACGCAAGAGCGAGGAGCUGGACAGCGACGACGAGGACUCCAGGGGGGGCGGCGGGGGCAAGCAGGGAAACGGAGACGUGAGCAAGCCUGGCACGCAGGUCUGAUGCCGCCGAUGACUCUGAGACCAAAGACUGCAUCCGUGGAUCUCGUUCUCUUGGGCUGUGUUCGGAAUCACUCCCUAACCACUGUACAGCGCCCUAUAUAGUGAGGUCACCAUUUUGUAGUGCUGUUCGAAUGUGGAGUGAGAAUGGGUUUUCCCCUAACGUAUCCCACAAUGCAGCUUGAAAAGUAGUGAACAACCGUUGCUCGCUAGAAAAGUAAGAGCGAACUAUUCGAAGGGGGGAUGGGGACAGCGACCGAGCUCUGCCACGAACAACGAAUAUUUGCGAGUAAUUGAAAAAAAAAAGGUUUAUAAUUUCCUACAUAUGCUAUAAGAUGGUGGCAACGCACUACUAAUAAAGAUCCUCAACUAAUUUCAACAGAGUUCCUUGGCACCAGGAGGCCAGAAGAUGGCACCAAACCAAUACGUUUAACUUGGGCAAAGCUUUGGUCCAGGCACAAAAUCAUGAAUCAUGAAUAAGUGAUGUUUUUAGAAAAUAAUGGAGGUUAGCCCCCCGCCCCCCCAAAAAAAAAAAAAAGAAUCUGUGACGAUGACGUCAUUAGGGAGUAGGGAGCAAGUGAAUGUUUCCGAACACAGCCUUUGUUAUUGUCAAUAUACUGUAUUCCUUAACACAAGGACGGAAUGUGUGUUUUAGGUGUGAAUACAAAGAGUGUGUGUGUGUGUGUGUUUGUGUGUGUGUGCGUGUGCGUGUGUGUGUGUGUCUAAACCAGAAGAUCAACUGUAUGCAUUCACCUUGUGAAUAGGGAAGAUUAUUGAGAGCAAUAACCCCCUGCACAUGCGCACUUACCAGUCGCCUGGGA